CUAACUCGACGGAGCAAGUGAAUCCUCUGGCUGGGCUCAAUAAAUGAGGAAACUGCUACCUCGUGCUACAAAAAAGCUAUAUCAUCCCAAUGGCCUAAACAAGCCAGGAGAUAGCCAUUCGAAUCAAACAACAAACCCUCAAAAUGAAAAUCCGACCUGCCUACCCAGCCGACAUCCAAGCCAUUGCCCAUAUCGGGUCAUUGGCAUUCGCAGAUGAGCCAAUCUACGAACACUUCUUCCCUUAUCGCAAGGUAUACCCGGAGGAUUUCAAAGCUUAUUUUGUCGAGGAUAUGACGCGGUUUAUGGUCACUCCAGGCCAUCUAGCUAUGGUGGCGGAACUGGAGGGUGACGAUGAGCAGGUAACAGAGCCAAUUGCAGGUAGCAGGGUCGUUGCGUUUGCGACAUUUGUUCGGUAUGGGACGUCGGGGGAGUUGAGGAGGUGGAAUCCAGACUCCUACUACAAAUGGUUCUGGCGUGUCCUCCUCGGAUCUCGAUCCACGGUGAACAGCUACAUCGCUCCGAAUCGAGCUAUUUCCUUCAAGGCAAUCGAUAGCUAUUACGGACAAGCGGCAAAAAUACAUGCUCAGUACCUCGAUGCGGACCAAGGGAAACUCGAGUUCAAGACCCUGGCAGUGCAUCCUGCCUACCAGCAUCGGGGAUAUGGCUUCAAACUGGUACAAUUUUGCGGAUAUCGGGCCUCCAAAGAAGGGGUAACUGUCUUUGGUGAUGCAUCUUCUCAUGGUCUGCCCCUCUAUGUUCGCAAUGGGUGCAAGGAAAUUGGGAAGAUACAUCUUCCUUCUCAAAAGGUCGACCUUGGUCCUCAUGGCGUGCACAAUAUUCCAGAGUUAGAUGUGGUGGUGUUGAGGUGGAAAGCUGAUGGUCCUCUGGGUUGAUACUUAUGGUUGUGCUCCUUUCGUCUUAAUCAUAUACUCUAAAGGAAAAGCCCGUCGCGUCACCUGAAUUACAUUGAACUAUCAAGCUGGAGCUGCUGCUGCUAUUGGACGGUUUGCUUGAUUGCAUGCCAGAAGUAAGCAUUAGCAACAUGGAGUCUCACUCGAGGGUUUACACCUAAAAGAGAAAGAGAAGGAAUGAACACUUUAGCUAUAUAUCACUA